UCAUGACAUUUUGUUCAAAUUGUUACAAGCAAAUUUCUAGUGAUGGAAAUCCGUUAGUCCCUUCCCCGGAACCGUUCUACAGCCGUAUGGCUGAAGAUCGUGAGAUGUCUCGCUUCCUGUAUCGCCUAACGCAGGAAAUUGUAACAUCCAGGGAUUACUCCGAUGUGAACAUCAGCAGGAUCUGCAGAAAAUUCUAUCAGCGUUCUACCUACCCGGAUAAAGCACGACUUGCCCGGACAAUCAACGAUCUCAAACAUAAACUGGAAAUACAGCACAAUGACUCGGAAAACGGAUCUUUGGAUGCAUUCAACGAUGGGAAAGACUGUCAUUGUAGCUGCAAUAAGAAGCCAAAGCGGCACCUGCAAAUGGGUAAGGCUAAUCCGUUGGACAAAUCCAUCAGUGCUCAAUCGUUUGGUAAGCUACCGGGAAUGCUGGUGAACAGUGCUACUCGGAUGCAUGGAACAACCAACACCCAAACUAUCAUAGAGGAUGCUAAUGAUCCUUUGAAAAGGUGUCUUGACAAAAAAGAUUCGAAUUCAACCGAUUCCAUUAGUACAAUAACUUCCUACAACUUUUCGUCUUCGUUAUACCCACCGUUCAACGAAUCACCUAUUUUCAAUGUUCAACAUUCGUUGGAUGAUGUCCGUACGUUGGUUGAGGAGCAGAUCCUGCCAAAACUGGGCGGUGAUCCCAAGGAAGACUUGAAUGAUGGUUGUUGCGAGCAGAACAAGAAUUCCACGCAGAGCAACUCAGUCGAUAUGGUCAUGCGGGUGGCAGCCUCGGAUAGAGUAUUUGCGGGGCAGGGUGAACGAAAGUGUCCUCUGCACCGGUGUGAGGAGUUUGGUCACAGUUCGACCUGUGGCAUGGGUGACGAUGGCGUUUCUGGUGGCUGUGGAAAAGGAUGCGCAAGUGAUUUUACCUUGCCUAAAACCAAGGCCAAGGCCAAGGGAACUGAAACACCACCGACUACUUGCUGCGGUAAGCGGAAGAAACCUAAGACUGCUAAAAAGGCAAAUGGUAGAAAAAUGAAGAAUAUUCAAUAG